AUGGACACCGAUAUUUGGAAGCCUUCAAUCGUGGGACUAGACAAGGAAGAGCUCAGCAAACUUUCCUUGCUCUGCAUGAGAGCUGAGCUACAGAGUCACUACAAGCUGCGACGGCAAGACGACCCGGACUGGUCCAAGAAGGGCUCCGAGGUCUGGAAUAUCACGCUUACGAUGCUUUCGGAGAAGCAGUUGAAGGCCAAAGCGGCCGAAACUCACGGACUGCUUGCAUUUGUGUGCGAGAUGUUGAACAAGUACAAGCAUCGGCUGUCGACCAGCAGCAACGAGCAGGACCAGCUUUUUUUUGAUCUGGCGAGACACGCCGGGCACAGUGCCCUGGCUUUCGAUGCUGUCAUGGCCAAACAUGGACGAGAUAUCAGUGCAGGCAUUGCUGGGGAGAUGCUGAUGCACUACGACCGCUUCAUCGUGCUGUGCAAUCGAGCUGGCUAUCCGCUGCUUCCGAAAGCCCAUCUCAUGUACCACUGCAUCCAAAGGGCUGUCUUUCAAGGCAACCCACGGACAUACACGACUUACAAGGACGAAAGUUACAAUGGGGCGAUAGCUCGAGUCUGUAGAUCGGUGCACCGGCACAACUGGGCUUAUUGUGUCUACCGAAAACUUCAGAUUUUGGAGGCCGUGAGGGCCGAUUCUCAGACUGGCGAUGGCAUGGAUUGCUCUGGAGGCACG